AUGAUCAACAGCUUUAUCCAUGAAAGAGAGAAAUCAAACGGCAUCAAACUAGAGAGAGCAUGUUUCUCCAGCAAUGUGAAAGGUAUUUUCCUCAAGCGAUUACCCUUCUUUUCUAAUUUUACCACAGUGUAUUUCUGCUUUUCUGCAGGUGGCCAUGGGUCAGAGGUCGGAGGCCCGGGACUUUAUUAUUUGGAGUAUACCAACAGCUUCAGAAAACUGCGAGUGGACAAUCAGUGCAAAAAGCCAAUGGUGACAGAACCAACUGGAGAUCAUGCAAAUGAGGCUGAUUAUGAAACCUAUAAAACAACAGGUGCCGUAGCCUACUUAAUACCAGAUUCUCCAUCUGAAGGUUUUAACUUUCUAUUUUCCCUGGUUGAACUAUAUGGCAAUGCCCAUUUAUUGAUGACGAAUAACAAAACGAAACUUACCACAACUCGGCUGGUCGGCGAUGAUACGGGACAUUUGCAUAUUGGGCCAUCUCAAACUCUUCACGUGACAGAGGUACAGGAAUACCGUCGCUCGAAUGUCACCUACUAUCCUUUCAUUUAUGAAGGUGCGACGUGGAUCCUUCCACAAGCGACAGUCGAAAUUCGAAGUUCCCUGGACGAAAGAGCGCUUGGCAUGAACCCAAAAGCUUGUCCUACAACAAACCUGAACUCAAAUACACUUAAGAUAUGGGGGAAAAUUGAAGGGGACAAGAGUCACCUGCUUGUAGCUUCCGGCGCCAAUUUAAUCAUGGAAGAACCAAGCAAUAGACAAAUAAAAUUCCUUAAAGUUACAAUUCAGGAUGGUGCUCUGUUUGAAAUGAAGAGUAUUUAUGGACAGACCCGAGACAUAUGGAACUUGACGCCUCUCUCCCUCACUCACUUACUCAUUCCCACUCACUUACUCAUUCCCACUCACUUACUCAUUCCCACUCACUCACUCAUUCCCACUCACUCCCACUCAUUCCCACUCACUUACUCAUUCCCACUCACUUACUCAUUCCCACUCACUUACUCAUUAUUGAAAUUCCCAGCAUCUCACUUUAUACAUAGAAGAAGCACUGAAUUUUUUCUCUCUCUCUCUCUCUUUCUCUCUCUCUCAGCACUUCUUUGUCUUUUUCUCCUAUUUCUUUCUCUUCCAUUUUCUGUCAUCUUGAUCUAUUCUUUCUUUCCGUGUUCUUGUCGUUUCGAUUUUCCUCUUCUCCUUCUCCUCCUUCUACGUCUUGCGUUUUUAUCAUCUUUGUUUUCCCUUUCGAAUUUAUUUUCUUCUUCGCCUUUUCCUUCUGUCUUUUUCAUCUUUUCCACUGACUCCCUAACAAUUGAAGGCGGUGGUUUAUUGCAAGGUCACGUUCUUCAUAUCACGUGUGAUGUCGUUGACGUCAACAGUGGCGGGCUUUUGUCAGUCAACGGGAAAGGCUUCAUAACAGGACCUGGUGCAGGAAAUUUCUUUGGUGGAGCAAGCUACGGAGGUAAAGGUGCCAGUGGCAGUUCAAACAAAGCUAAUGCUUCUGGACAUGUAUAUGGAUCUGUUGCGUCUCCUGAAGAAUUUGGAAGUGGUGGUGCCAGGGCAACGAUUUCGAGUGGAAGAGGUAAUUUUCACAUGAGAACUUUCUGA